UCAUCAUACAGCGAUGUUCAUCAAUCUCUAGACAACUUGUGGGCUGAAAAGCAAGGAUCGCAAGAUGUCCAGGAGGAUUGUCCUGACCUGCCUGGAGAAGAGCCUCAUCCUUCUGUUUGUGGCCAUGACUGCAGCCUGCAUCGGCCUGGUUGUGAUUUAUGCCACCGAGAAAAAGUCAUCUACUGGCCCAAGUGAAGGAGGUGAGGGAGGAGUAGCGAAGGAUUCAGGAUGUGGGAAUCCGGCAGAGCUGAUCGGCGAGACAGGAGAGUUCAGCAGCGUAAAUUACCCCAGCCGCUACGACAAUGGCAAGAGCUGCAGUUGGACCAUCACUGUGGACAGCAAAAAGGUGAUCUUUUUGUGGUUAAAAGACUUCUCUCUGGAGGAUUCAGACUCAUGCAGUUCAGACGCCCUCACACUCCAGGAUGAGUUGGGGAUCAUCGGAACAUACUGUGGUUAUUCCAGCCCCAAGGCGAUUAUGUCACUGGGAAGCAGUUUAAAGGUGCACUUCGAUACAAACGAUAAAUACACAGAGAGAGGAUUCAAAGCUGUGUAUCGUGCUGUGGACCCUGAUAAAGUCACCGAUUUCGUUGGCGCUGGUGGUGUUUUACAUGGUGAUUACGGGGAGCUGAUGACCCCAGGCUUCUCAGAAAGGAACUAUGUGAACAAUGUUUUGUACCAGUGGAAGAUAAUAGUCCCCAAUGGAGAGAAGGUUCGACUCACCUUCAUGGAAUUUGACCUGUUCCCAGAAUUCUGCACUGACUUUGUAGAUGUCUUUGACGGUCAUCCAGAUGGUGCCAGUGCUCCUAAACUUGGUCACUUUUGUGGGAACAAGGUGCCCGAACCAGUGGUGUCUAGGAGUAAUGAAAUGGUGGUCAGAUUUAAAAGUGAUUCUAACCACAAUGCGAAGGGUUUCAGAGCCGUUUACACUGUCGCAAGUGCUCCCCCUGUUACAACUACCACCACAAAACCUACCACCAGCACCAGCCCAUCUACCACUCCUGGACCAACAGAUUCAGGUUGUGGCUCUCAGGGGAACCUGUUCGGUCGGAAAGGCGAGAUCAACUCUCUGGCGUUUCCCGAUGCCUAUCCUGCAAACCUGCAGUGUUCCUGGAACAUCAGCGUGCCUGAGGGCUUUCUUGUCAAACUGCACAUCACUGAUUUAGCCAUCGUGGGUGAAGCAGGACAGUGCGGUCAGGACAAACUCACCAUCACAGACAGCCAGCAGUCACUGGGCGUGCACUGCGGCUUCGUCCUUCCUCCUGUGCUCAUCAGUGUCAGUAACGAGAUCUCUGUAAAUUUCCAGUCUGAUGGCCGUCUGGCUGACCGCGGUUUCUCUGCUAGGUGGGAGGCUGCGUACGCAGAGGACAUUGCUGAAAUCCAAGGCUGUGGUGGUUUCUCCAGAGAGGAGACCGGAGUCAUCAAGUCUGACAACUGGCCCAUGAACUAUGUCUCCAACAGAGAGUGUAUGUGGAGGGUGCAGGUGCCCAAGGGCAAAACCAUCACGCUGACAUUCACCCACUUUGACUUGGAGGCUGCGGGUUUGUUGAGCCCCUGCCUUGACAACGUGGUUAUUUAUGAUGGUGCACAUGACACUGCUAAGAAAUAUGGACCUUACUGUGGCAGCAAACUCCCCCCUGUUAUCAAGACGACAGGAAGCGAGCUGGUGAUGCGUUUCCAUACUGACUUUUUCAUGGAGGAGAAAGGAUUCAGAGCGUACUGGAGCACAAAUCCCACAGAGCCUGCUCCCACUGAAGCGCCCGCACCGCCAAACCCAUGGGACGACAUCCCUAUCGAUUGGCCGGAGACGUGCGGAAGCCCGAAGGUUCCCCCUGUGGUGAACACUCGCAUAGUGAACGGUGAACCGGCCAAACCUCACUCCUGGCCCUGGCAAGUGUCCAUGCAGGUUUGGCCCGAGUCCUCUCCCACGCCUGCUUUCUUCCACACAUGCGGUGGCACUCUCAUCCAUAAGAACUGGGUUUUAACUGCUGCACACUGCUUCAUCAGGUACGCAGAUCAACUUCAAAGAUGGCAGAUGUGCCUGGGCAAACACAACCUGACCCAGUCUGAGACAGGCGAGCAGUGCUACGGUGUUCUGGCCAUCCAUCGGCACGAGAGCUUCAAGUACCCCACAGUGCCCAGUGUGGAGUUCGACAUUGCCCUGGUGCGUCUGGACGGAGAGGUCACCCAGACAGAGCACAUCGAUUUUGCCUGCUUGCCCUCAGUCGAGGAGAUGCUUCCAGGAGGAAAGAAAUGCUACGCUACAGGCUGGGGAGAUGAAUCAGGCAACUCGACGGCUCCUAAAGUGGCAGAGACUCUGAACCAGGUGGCUCUUCCCGUGGUUCCCUUUGAUACCUGCAAGCGCAUGGACUACUGGUGGUUCCAGGUCAAGACAUCGAUGAUCUGCUGUGGAUACACUCUCCCUGAAGAGCUCAAGUCUGUGUGUCAGGGAGACUCGGGCGGUCCCCUCGUGUGUCAGGACAACCCCUCGGCCCCCUGGGAAAUCCACGGCAUCACCAGCUUCGGACCUAUCGGCUGCAUCAUGGAUAAAAAGCCCAGUGUGUUCACUCGCUCGUCUGCCUAUCUGUCCUGGAUUGAGAACAUCAUACGCAGGGAGAUCUACCACCUCACCACUUCUGGUUGUGGUGGGCCGAUGGACCAGACUGGCCCUGCAGGUGUUUUGGCCUCAAUGAAUCACCCCAAGAGUUAUAAGAAUGAAGCCCAAUGCCGCUGGAACAUCCGUGUACCCGCAGGCAAACGCGUGCAACUUCACUUUGAAUCGUUCUCAGUACAGGAGAGCCAGAUGUGCCUGAGUGACAGCGUCUCCAUCUCAGACCACAUCAGCCCUCUGGGAACACGCUGUGGUGCAUAUCCUCCAGGAGAUGUGGUUUCUGCUGGUGAAACACUGACCGUCCGUUUCUCCUCCAAUAACAGAGUGGUGGACACAGGUUUCAGAGCCACAUGGAAAGCUGUGAACCCGACUGAUAUCGACAUUGCCUGUGGUGGAGAGUUCACCAGCCAGCAGGGGGAGCUAGUCUCACCCAACUGGCCAAAUAACUAUCCAAACCAAACCGUCUGCACGUGGAUCAUCUCGAGUCCGUCGGCCAAGAGUCUACACAUCGUCUUCACACAUUUUGAGCUGCAAGCAGUUAACAUCCUGGGCAAGUGUGUGGACUUUGUGGAGGUGUUUGAUGCAGCUGGAAAUUCACAAGGUCAGUUCUGUGGAUACGUUCCACCAAAAAUAAAUAUCUCUGGAGACAAAGCCACCGUGCGCUUCCUUACCAAUGACGCACAACAGCAGAAGGGUUUCCGUGGUUACUGGACUACCGAUCCGAGUGUGUUUCCCACCCUGGCACCUCUGCCGCCAAACCCGUGGGACAGCGUGAAGAUCGACUGGCCUGCAGAUUGUGGGUCUCCCGCAGUGCCUCCAGUUACCUCUGUGAUGAGGGUCGUUAAUGGAAUAGAGGCUAAACCUCAUUCCUGGCCAUGGCAAGUCUCUAUGCAGGCCAAAAUGCUUCCUAUUCUGCCUUUCCAACAUGCUUGUGGUGGCUCAUUGAUCCAUGAGCAUUGGGUCCUGACUGCUGCCCACUGUUUCUCACAAGUCUCAGUUCCUAGUUCUUGGCAGAUGUGUUUUGGGAAACACCACAUAAACGCCAGUAUAGAUGGACCCACAGAGGUUUGCGUUCCUGUGAUCGCCAUUAUCUCGCACAAAGAUUUCGUCUACCCCGAGAUCAAUGAUGUCAUCAAUGACAUUGCCUUGGUGCGUCUGGCCAAGCCCGUGUCCAUGACUCGGGAGAUCAGUCCUGUGUGUUUGCCUAAACCCGAGUCCCUAAUGCCUGCUGGCCACUUCUGCUACGUCACUGGUUGGGGAGCUGAGAAAGGUAGUAUAAUUCCUGUGGUGGCUAAGAAACUGAACCAGGCUCCUCUUCCUAUUGUCUCCUACGAGACGUGCAGUAAACCAAACUACUGGUGGGACAAUGUGCGGCCUUCGAUGGUAUGCGCUGGCUACGAGUCUCCUGAUGAGCUCAAAUCUGCCUGCCAGGGUGACUCAGGUGGGCCAUUCGUGUGUAAACCAGCUGCCACUGGCUCCCUUUGGGAGGUGCACGGAGUGGUGAGCUUCGGCCCUCGUGGCUGCAUCAAGGACAAAAAGCCGUCCGUGUUUACUCGAGUCUCAGCUUUUACCCACUGGAUAGAGGACAACGUCAAGCGAUACGUCUAUGAAAACACUCCAGCUGCUUAAAUCUGAGCAAGAACACACGGGAAUAAGCUGUCCAUGGCUUUCUCACUUUAAUUAUAUAUUUAAUUAUGAUUAUUACUAUUGCUUUAUUAAUAUUUAUUUAGAAUAAUAAUAUUUAUUCUAACUGACAAUUUCAUGAAUAUGUCAAAACUUACGUCUAACAGUGGAAGCAUAAAGCUUCAAGGGAAAUAAAAUAACCUCUCACUUUAAUAAAACUCUUUUUUAUG